UGUUGCCACUACCCUUCCAGUGUGUGUUUGAGACAGUGGUGAGUGGCAGCGUAGGUAGCACCAGCAGGAGUUCUGGCAACGGGACAUUCCCGGCACUGUACUAGUAAUUUCUGGGUCUUCACUGCUGAAAUGUUUAUUAGUGAUAGACACAACAAGAGGGAGUAUCUUGUUUACUACACCGGGUGGAAAAUGACUGCCUAAACAUUAUCUUUCAUUGUAAUACGCAGAAAGUUAUUAAUAUUUUUACUAGGAGAGUCAUGUUUACGUGAGCGAAAAGUGACGUUUUUUCAUCAUAAAAUAAAACUGGAGAAUCUCUGGCACCCUGACUGAAGCGUCCACCUCUCCCCUGGGGAGUCUCUGCCACCCUGACUGAAGCGUCCACCUCUCCCCUGGGGAGUCUCUGCCACCCUGUCUGAAGCGUCCACCUCUCCCCUGGGGAGUCUCUGCCACCUUGACUGAAGCGUCCACCUCUCCCUUGGGGAGUCUCUGCCACCCUGACUGAGGCGUCCACCUCUCCCCUGGGGAGUCUCUGCCACCCUGACUGAAGCGUCCACCUCUUCCCUCGUGUUACACUGAAUUAAUAAACAACGAAUCGGUGAAAGCCAGUAAAAAAUCAUUGUCCUCUGUGUCACUGCUUCCAUUUUUAACACAUCAUCCACAGCUACUAAUUAGAAUGCUAAAUGGAAUCAAGAUCUUUAAAAAUUAUUGAAAACAUUAAACAAAUAUAAAUUUUAAGAAACUAUGAGAAAAUGGGAUACAUAAAGUCGGAUUCAGGAAAAAACUCGUUUACACGAGAGCUGUUGUGAAAGCUACCGAGAAAGCAUACAAUGACACUCUAUCAGGAGUUUGUGGAAAUUUUAGUGCACAACGUCUGUACUUGAUCAAGUCUGGACCAUAUACAGUUCGAGCGACAGAGGCAGUAAGGCAGCAAGCUAAACGCUGGAACGUCAGGCCAGAGAGAGAGAAACAGUUGUUUAGUGAUCAGGGAAACGCCAUUUACUGAGUCCCUCGCCCGAGAAGACUCAGUGUACCGCAAGAUGGUGUGGUGCGGCAGAAUGCGAGUAUGGUGGCUGAUGAUAGUGGCAGCGACGGUGGCACCUCAGAAGAACCAGGAAACCUUCCUGCAGGAGAUGAUGUCCGGCCUGAGAGAACUUCCAGUCAUCGGCAAUGUUUUACGGGCGGCCGUCCAUCCCAUCUACCGGCCCUUCAUCAAGCAGUUUCAGUCCAGGAUCACAAGCAGAGAGGGUGAGGAUGAAUUCAGCGAAGUAUGUUAUGAGGAGCUGGGCUGCCUACUUACACAUGAGGAUUUUUUCCACGCUAUCCACCGACCACUCAACCUUCCUCCUAAUACUCGGAAGGAGAUCAACGUGGUAUUCACAGUCCACACGCGGGAGGACCGACAGGGCACCUCAGUGGAGGGUGUCAAUAUCAGUAAGGUUCUCAACACCUCCUUCAACCCCAAGAGAAAAACUAAGAUUAUUAUACAUGGAUACCUGGAGACCAACACAGAAACAUGGAUGUGGGACAUGGUUCGUUCCCUUUUGCUAUACGACGACUUCAACGUGGUGACGGUGGACUGGUCUGGCGGGUCUCAGGCCCUAUACUCUCAGGCCACAGCCAACACUAGAGUGGUGGGGCUCGAGGUCGCCCACUUAAUCAACUGGCUCAAAGACAACGUUGGUCUUGACCCAACUGAUGUCCACAUAAUAGGUCAUUCACUUGGCUCUCACACUGCAGGGUAUGCUGGAGAGAGGGUGUCCAAGCUGGGAAGGAUCACCGGGUUAGACCCAGCUGAACCAUUCUUCCAGUACAUGCCACCCAGCGUCCGUCUGGACCCAUCCGACGCUCUCUUUGUGGACGUUAUCCACACUGACGCAGACUCCAUCUUCAACCUGGGUGUUGGUUAUGGGUUAAGGCAACCAGUAGGUCACCUUGACUUUUACCCCAACGAUGGUCGGAGUCAACCCGGUUGUGACUCCCUCAGUCGCGUCCCCCUGACGGCUCUUACUGACGGCCUCAGCCUCUACGAAGGUCUGGACGCUGCACAGAAGGAGCUGGUGGCGUGCAACCAUUUCCGGGCCCCCAAGCUCUUUACUGACUCUAUCCUCUCCCCCUGUCCCUACAUGGCCUUCCAGUGUUCCUCAUACAAGCUCUACCUGAAGGGAAAGUGUGUGAGCUGUGGGAAGGACGGAAGCCGCUGUGCUCGCCUGGGUCUUCACGCUGACAAGUGGCCAGGAAGAAAUCAGAGCCAUGUCGCCCUCUACCUUUCCACCGCCUCUGGGCCUCACUACUGUCUGUACCACUACCGGCUGAUGUUGCAUCUUGCUGAUCCAGACAGAGUGGAAGGAACUCUUCGAGGCAAACUGAAGAUCUCUCUUUUCGCUGACGAUGGAAGUAUCAAAAACUUUGAUAUCUCACCAGAAGCGGCCAGAACUUUCAGUCGAGGAAGAAUGUACUAUUUCUUUCUGAACCAUCCGGAGGACUUGAGCGGUGCCAGAGAGGCUCUCGUCCACUGGACUUAUGAAGCUGACAUGUUCAACCCUUUGAGUUACUGUGUCAUCUUCUGCGACACCAGCCUUCCCCUGGCCAGACUCACCCUCGCCAGUGUCGACCAUCUGGCUGCUGGGUGA